AAGGGUUUACAUAAACCCUUAGCGUCGUUGGCGUUUUUGUGCAGAAGCGCAAAAUGUCAGGCAAAGGACCUGGUCUCUUCUCUGAUAUCGCCAAGAGAACCAGAGAGAUCCUCACCAAAGAUUACAACUCCGAUCAAAGAUUCACCAUCUCCUCCUCCUCCAACUCUUGUCUCGAAUUGAACUCAACAUUGUUGAAGAGUAGAGGACUUUCCUGUGGAGAUGUGUGCGCGGAAUUUAAGUAUAAGAACAAGACGGUUAAUGUCAAAGUUGAUACUGAAUCAAAUGUUUUGACAACAUUCACUAUAUCUGAUAUUGUGCCUUCCACGAAAGCCAUUAUACGUCUACCUGAUUUCGACCCUGGCAAGAUUGAGGUGCAGUAUCUUCAUGAUCAUGUGGCGUUUACUGCUGCUGUUGGUUUAAACCGUUCGCCUGCUAUUGAUUUUUCUGCCACCAUGGGUACUCCCAGUUUUGCCUUUGGAGCAGAAACCAGCUUCUCCGCGAGUAUUGGCAAGUUUACGAAAUACAAUGCUGGCUUGUGCUUGAAAAUGCCAAAUUCCAAUGCUUCUGUAAUUUUAGCUGACAAGGGAGACUCCAUGAAGGUGUCAUAUUUGCACCAGCCAGACCGUUUGAAUGGGGGAGCUGUUGUGGGAGAGAUUAGCAGAAGGUUCUCUACUAAUGAAAACACACUCACAGUUGGAUGUUCAUAUGUAGUUGAUCCUCAGACUGUUGUAAAGGCAAAGCUGAACAACCAUGGCAAUCUCGGGGCCUUGUUGCAACAUGAGCUUAUGCAUAAGUCAAUUUUUACUAUGUCUGGUGCCUUUGAAACAAGGGAUUUGGAUAGGAGUCCCAAGUUUGGUUUCUCACUGUUGCUCAAGCCUUAACGAAUUCAUAAGUAGGGAUAAUAUAUCGUUAUAU